AUGCACAGAAGAUACAUGGCGAGAGUGAAAUACGCUGGGUGUCACAUUGGAGACUUGCCCCAUCGUGGCCUAGAUCUCCUCAGGGAGGAAGGCCGCCCCCGCUCGAUUAAUGGGCAGAGGAUUUCCCGCUCACUGGAGGGAGAUUCACAGAGAUUCGCGUUGCUCCCGAAGAGUCAAGGGUCAGGUCUCCUGGAAGGGGAGUCACCCCAUCAGUCACGCGAGUCCGAUCUGAUGCGAUAUGUCAGUGCCCAGCAGGUGCUGGCACGGGGUGAAAAUGCAUGUGCGAUUGCCAUAUUUGUAGCACAGGAACAGGUUACUGUUACCCUUCCCUCAAAGCCAAUCAACACUCCUUUCCUUUCCCCUUACAUAACAGCCGAUAUACAUUCGGAUGUGGCCGACGAGUCUCCGCCUGUCACCGGCGACCGGAAAUCCCCAACCUCAGUAAAAGCAUUGCUGCAGUGGGUCUUCAGUAGUGUACUACUUCCGGUAGCAGUAAUAUGGAGACUCGUAAGGCAAAGAAUUCACCUCCUUCACCUGGCCGAGAAGAUGCCUGGCCCUCGUGCGUAUCCUCUAAUCGGCAAUGCACUGGAUGCGAAAAGUUUUAAGCCAUCAGGAGAGAAAUGGCGCUCCCGGCGCAAGGCGCUGACGCCGGCCUUCCACUUCAAGAUCGUGGACCAGUUCGUGCAGGUCUUCAACAGCUGCGGGGACGAGUUCGUGCGGCAGCUCCGCAAGCAGGCGGGCGACGCCGACUUCAACAAGCUGCUAUGGGUGUUAAAAUUAACGCGCAGACGCAAAGCAACUCCAGUUACGUGAAUGCAGUCAGACAAGUUUCAAGUAUGACGAUCUCCAGAGUUUUUCAACCAUGGUACAUUCCGGAUUUUAUCUUUCUCAAUUCCCCUAUUGGGCGAAAAUACAAAAAAAUGUUAAAAAUACUUCAUGGAACAACACAAAUGGUAAUUGAAGAAAGAAGGGAAGAAUUAGAAAAAAUAUGGUCCCAAAACACGUUUAUGAAUGUGGAUGAACUCGGUCGGCAUCGUCGCAUUGCUUUCUUGGACUUGCUGCUUUGGAACGCCAGGGAUGGCGGUCUAUCGGACGCCGACAUUAGCCAUGAAGUGGAAACUUUCAUGUUCGCAGGCCACGACACUACAGCCUCCGCCCUCACCUUUACAAUGUUACUCUUGUCCCGACAUAUGGACGCGCAGGAUAAAAUACUGAAAGAGCUGGAGUCCGUCUUCGAUCCGAAACAACCAUUGGAGCUAUCUCUUCAAAAACUCUCGGAAUUGAAAUAUCUUGAGAUGGUAGUGAAGGAAUCCCUUCGAAUCUAUCCCCCAGUGCCUCUCUUUAAUCGUCGCAAUCCAGAAGACACUGCGCUAGUAUCAGGUCACGUCAUGCCUGAAGGCUGUUCGAUCACAUUAUCGCCGUUCGGCAUACAUCGCGACCCGGAGGUCUUUCCGGAGCCAGAGAUGUUCAUCCCUGAGCGCUUCAGCCCGGAGGAGAGCGCGCGCCGCCACCCCUACGCCUACAUCCCCUUCAGCGCCGGCCCCCGGAACUGCAUCGGUCAGCGCUUUGCCAUGCUCGAACUCAAGAGCGUUCUAGCCAAAGUCGUGUGGAACUUCCGCCUUCUGCCGGCGCCAGAUUUCGAACCCGAGCUCACAUGGGAGCUCACACUUCAGUCUGCAAAUGGAAUUCAUGUGCGGCUUCAAGAUAGGAAGCUAAAUUAACUCUGCUACCCUCUGCUAGAGGUCCCUCAUUGCUACCUCAAGAAAACUAGCGAAGAUAUUAAAAAUGUUACGUUAAUGGGUUUGGGAGAAAAUUGUUAUGAACACUAAUUACUAGCAAAAUAUUUCACUUUACUCCCAGUAUUUCAUAUACAAUUCGUCUGAGAGAGGAAAUAUCAUUUUUAUACAAAUAUUAGUGAUUAAUUAAUAUUACAUUACCAAUGAAAUGUAUUUUUGUUAAUAACUUUCUAUUUAGGGCUAGGAAGUUCGGCAAAAGGACUUUUUAUAAUUAUUAUUGUAAGACAUUUAACAAUAGAAAUCACUAAACUGUACUUUUCAAACUGUACAUUUUCUUCUUUACUUGGUCUAA